CUCGCGAUCAUUGUGCGGUAGCGAGCGGUUCAAUGACUCUGGCGGCCGUUUCUAUUUUCUCUCUGGUUUGUCGUCGGGUCGCCUGCAAGGAAGGGGUCUUUGUUUGCGUUUCACGUUUGCGACGCGCGGUAUUAUCUGCAACCGCGGCUCCAUCGUAUCGUUGCCGAGACGGAAUGUGCCCGCAUAAGUGGAAGCGUGGGUCUCGCUCCUCCCGGUCGAUGUGAAAUGUCGUGUAGUGUGCCAGAGUGGCGCCGACAUCGAGUGCAAGUGCAGUGAGGUGCAGUGGUGUGUGCGAACGAACGUGGGUCGGUUCGGCCACGGCGACCGAAGUGCGCGGAGGUGGCGGCGGCCGCACGGCCAUGACCGGAGACAUGCCUCUAGGGAGCGCGCACGCGUUCGGGCGCGCCUUGCUCCGGGACGGGGCGCUGCCGCCGCUGGAGCCGGGUCCGCCCGCUCCACCGGCCACCAACGCGCAGCCGCCCGACAAGCGGCCGCCAGCCGCCGCCGCCAGUCCUGAACAGGUCAUGAAGCUCUACAUGAAUAAACUGACACCUUACGAACACCGCGAGAUAUUCGACUACCCUCAAGUGUACUUCAUAGGCGCGAACGCAAAGAAACGGCCCGGGCUCGUGGGCUUCCCAAACAAUUGCGAAUAUGACAACGAGCAGGGUUCAUACAUACACAUACCGCACGACCACAUAGCGUAUAGAUACGAGGUGCUCAAAGUUAUCGGUAAAGGCAGUUUCGGACAAGUGGUGAAAGCGUAUGAUCACAAAAAACGUGAGAAUGUAGCUCUCAAAAUGGUGAGGAAUGAGAAACGUUUCCACCGCCAGGCACAGGAAGAGAUUCGCAUACUGGAGCAUCUCCGUGAGCAGGAUAAAGAUAAUACUAUGAACGUAAUACAUAUGUUUGAUUCUUUCACGUUUAGAAAUCAUACGUGUAUCACUUUCGAGCUGUUAUCGAUAAAUUUAUAUGAGCUGAUAAAGAAAAACAAGUUCCAAGGGUUCUCGUUGCAGCUGGUCCGCAAGUUCUCGCACAGCCUGCUGCAGUGUCUCCACGCCUUGAACAAGAAUAGGAUCAUUCACUGCGACAUGAAGCCGGAGAAUGUUUUGCUGAAGCAACAGGGACGCUCCGGAAUCAAGGUGAUAGACUUCGGGAGCUCGUGCUAUGAACACCAGCGGGUGUACACGUACAUUCAGUCUAGGUUCUAUCGAGCGCCCGAGGUCAUGAUGGGCGCGCGGUACGGGAUGCCCAUCGACAUGUGGUCCUUGGGGUGCAUACUGGCGGAACUGCUCACAGGUUUCCCACUGCUCCCUGGGGAAGACGAAACGGAUCAAAUGGCGUGCAUCAUCGAGCUGUUAGGGAUGCCUCCGCAGAAGCUGAUAGAGCAGGGGAAACGGUCCAAAAACUUCAUCAGCAGUAAAGGUCUGCCGCGGUACUGCACGGCGACGACGCUGCCCGAUGGCAACACGGUGCUAAGUGGAGGCAUGUCCCGGAGAGGAAAGCCCCGCGGCCCGCCCAACUCCAAGAGUUUCGUCACAGCCCUGAAAGGGUGCCAAGACAAAUUUUUCAUUGACUUUAUAAGAAGAUGCCUCGAAUGGGACCCAGACAAACGGUUAACGCCCGCGCAAGCCUUACGUCACGCGUGGCUCCGACGCCGCCUGCCGCGGCCGCCGCACGACGACGAGCCGCACGCGACCACGCAACAUGUCGGCCAGCUCGUCAGCCAGCUGGCGCAGCCGUCCCAUGUUAGUAGAGCGCAGUUCGCGACCGCGAACGCGAAGCGACCCGCGCAAACAAAGUGCAUAGACAAAUAGGGCGGCGCGGGCGCGGGCGCGGCGGGCGGCAGCGGCGCGCGCGGCGGCUCCCUGCGCACGCCGCUCGCGCGCACGCCCGUCACCUUCACCGGCACGCACCAAGCCAAAGCGAAACUGCAAGCGGCACUAUCGGAGGAGAGCGGGUCGGUGUCUGGCGGCGCGGCGAGCGGGGUGAGCGGAGUGAGCGGCGUGAGCGGCGUGGGCUGCGGGCGGUACUGGGCGGCCGCCAAGCUGCCGCAUCUGCCCGC